CUGAUGACUUGUUCAAGAUAAUUGCUUAUCUACACACAUUCAAACCUCGGAAACAGCCAAAAUGAAGCCAAAACGGGGGAUACCAAAGCAAACUGCCGUUUUCAGCCUUACCCGGUCAACGAAAACAAAUCGAAAACAGCAUCAAAAACGAACGAAAACGACACAUGAAAACACGCUGUGAAUUCCCCUAUGUAUUCAAUGGCACCGUCUGGCUCAUCCGCCUUCGGAAUCUUUUUUUCCCCCUCAAUUUUAGGUCUCGCUCUUGUCUCGGGUCAUCCGACUUUCUGUCCUCGGGAUGGGCAUUGUGUGUGCUUCCUUCCCCUUUUGAUCACAAAAAUUUUCACCUGCCCUCAGCGUCUGCCAUCUCUGUCGGGCACUGGCACAAGCCUACUUUUCUUUCCUAAUAGUGAUGAUUUCUUGUCAGUCGUCACCCCCAAGUAUAACAUCAAACUCGUGUCACGUUGACCAGUGAAGACUUGCUGCACUAACUGCCGGUGCUACUGCUGGCGGGUAUUUUAAACAGACUGUAACUUACUUGCAUCAUC